AUGUAGAGUGCACGUGCAACCUACUGAAAGCAAGCUGGUUAAUGUUCCGUAAAUAGACGUACGGAUUCAGUACCCAGGUUAGUGUUUCGUGAAACGCAUCGCGAGAAACUUCUAAGGAUAAAAAGUGUUUGGGGAUUUUUUUUUUUAUUCGAAUUUUUCAAGGGUGUGCCGAUUUUUAUAAUUUUCAUAUUUAGGCAUUAAUUAUGUUAACUGAAAGUGCUUUGGCGGAUUUCAACAAUUCUUUGUCUGGAUCUGGCGACAUGAAUAAACUUUGUCGUCAAGUAUCGAUCGAGUCGCCUGGACCCAUAAUCAAGGACUGCGUAUUCAGUUUCGAAGUACCAGUGCCAGAAGUGCCAGCUGAAGGAGCUCGCAUCCGCGUUGUUUGCGCAGGUGCUUGCUACCGCAUACGUAACCGCAGCCCUUCUGUUUCUAGUAUUUCUUCAGUAGAAGACUCUGCCUAUUCUCCUGCUCAUCAUGGAGUUAGAGACGGCGCUCUCUUCCCUGGCUAUGAAGUGGCUGGGGUCGUCGAUGCUUUGGGCUCGGAAGCAUCAUCUUCUACUGAACUAAGAGUUGGUUCUCGUGUGGUACUUUAUCCCUACGAUGGAAUCCCUCACGGAUAUGCUGAGUACAUAGUAGUUCCAUCUCUAGACUAUUUGGUGCCAGUGCCAGAUAACCUUCCUCUUGGAGUUGCUGCUAUGCUGCCAACUGGUGCCCUUCUUGCCAAAAAUGCUGUAGUUACAGCGCACAAACAUGUCAUGCAAUUAUUUGAAGAUCGUGCCGCUGAUCAUAUUGUGCGUAUUUUGAUUGUCGGCACCGGAGGUUUGGCAUUAUGGGCUUUACGCAUCGCCCAACAUCACUUCAAAGCACCUGAAUAUAUCGACAGAGUCACAAUUACAGUAGCGACGUUGAAAGAUGAAGGACUCGUGAGAACAUCGGCUGAACUUAAAAGGGUAAAUUUAGUCCAAUGGAAUGAGGAUUUAUAUGAAAAACAGUUGAUCGAGAGAACUAAAAAUGCCUGCAAUGGAUUGGUAGACAUUGUUAUUGAUUUUGGUACUACUUCAAGAUCCCUCCACAGGUCUUUACAAUGUUUAAAUUCUGGAGGUGUUGUUUUGGUAAGCGAAGAAGUUGCUGAUCGUCUAUUACCAAAGUUCUCCAGACUUAUUCAGCAAACAAAUCAAAAAAUUGAGGCUGUAGCAAAUGGAUCUAUCGAACAACUCCAGAAUCUUGUCAAAUACGUGGCAGCAGGCGAUAUCGUUCCUCCACCGCACACAGAAUUUUCUGCUGAUGAGGCAUCAAAAGUUAUAGAGAAGCUUUGCCAUUCUGAAAUAUCCGGAAGGGCCAUUUUACGUUUCCAUGAUAUCCAAUAAAAAGGUUUUUACAUAAUAAGAAUCCUUGAAAUAUGUAUAAUAUUUCUUUAUCUCCUAAUUUCGUAUUUAUUUUUUUUUCUACCAAAUAUGAAUGUUUUGUGAUUGUAUUUUUAGGUUUUCAAAUUAAAGUAUUAAUCAUUUGGUCCAUAACCAGGGACUGUGGGCCUUACUGAAAUCAAAAACCCAUAGAAUCUCCUCAUUUAAGUUUUAUUUUAGAAUGUUUUUUUUUUUUUUAAUGAGAUUGAUUUACAAAGCAAUAAUUAUGUUGUUUUUAUUAAGUGGAAUGAAGUUUAUGUAUUUUGGUAAGCGGCUUUACAGUUGAUUUUGCAUUGUGAUAAGCUUUAUUUUAUUCAAGGUCUUCGCGCCCCUAAAACUCAUCUUACUGCUUACUUACCUCAUUAUCAAUAUACAUACUUAUAUAAUGCAUUUAAUAGAGAUUGAAUGGUAAGGAGCUAAAAGAUCUGUUUAUAAGAUUUUUGGACAAUAUACAAGUAGAAAUAAAUUUUCGAAAAAUUUAGUUAAAUAUUGUAUUCGGCGUAGAAUAGGACCUAAAACUAUUGUUAAGAAUUUAAGUAAACGUUAUUAAUAUUUUUGUAUUAAUUUGGUUCUAACUUAUGUUUAUCCUUAUCUUUUUCUAUUAUUUUUUAGAUGUACAUAAAAGUGAAACACAAAUAAAUCAUAUGUAUAUGUUUU